CAUGUGUAGUAUGGUGUAUGGUUUCGCUGGAGCCCAAGCUUCACUCUUGGAGGUUAGUACUAGGAAAUAUAUAUAUCAUAGGUCCUACAAAGUCCAAGUUUCUCCAGGCGUCUGUUCCAGAUCGAACUUGGAUUCAAUUGAGAGGAGUUUGGCCCAAUCCGAGCAACAGCCCUGAUGGAGACCAGUUAAUAUCGAGUCUAGUGUUCCUCUCUACCGAGAUAUCGUCACUUUGACUAUGAACAUAUACUCUGGAGGUUUUGGAUGAACAUAAUAAGAAGAGAUGGGAUACCUUGUGUGGGCCAUGUCGAAUGGAACGCUAAGCCAAAUUGGUAUUAAUCAAUGGCUCCCAAUUGGCUAGCCAUGUGGUCGGCGGACGAGUCUGAGUCUAGGCGAUGAUCUUCACUCUCGACAUAAAGUAUGGUUCUUAGAGCAGAGACUGCGAGCGUUCACAAACCGGGAUGCCACAGCUCCGAAUUUUCACGUUUCACUCGUAAAGCCAGCAUGACGCUAGAAUCAUCGAGAUCGAUAUGUCGCGCUCGUCCCCAGAUCCGUUCGUCGCAUCGCCCUCCUCCCCGAGCCACCCCGUGAAGAACCAUUCCCGGUACACCUACCGCCAACUGCAGCUUCUUCGCCAAGGUUCGACAGCCUCUCCGCUCCGAGUAAUUGCUCAUGUUGAUCUUGAUGCAUUCUACGCACAAUGUGAGAUGGUGCGUCUUCAGACACCGCGGGAGAUACCCCUCGCUGUACGCCAGUGGGACUCGCUGAUCGCGAUUAACUACCCUGCUCGGGCGUUCGGGAUAACAAGGAUGAUUUCUGCGAAGGAAGCCCGAAAGCUAUGUCCGGAGAUUAUUCUACAGCAUGUUGCGACGUUUCGAGAAGGCGAGGGUGGAAAAUGGGCGUACAGGAAGGAUUCUUACAAGUGUAUGAAUACGGAUAAAGUGUGUUUGGAUCCGUAUCGGGCGGAAUCGCGCAAGAUCCUGAAAAAAAUGAAGGAGGAAUUGUCGAGAUGGUAUACGGACCUGGUUGAUGAAGAACGGGGGCUGGGUCCUCACGCUCAGAUACAACAAGCUAGCGUUGAGAAAGCUAGCGUCGACGAAGUUUUCAUCGAUCUGUCCCCGCUGGUUUAUGGUGUUCUACUUCGACAGUAUCCAGAAUUACGAAAUGGGCCAGAUGGCGAUGAUCGUGUUGCGUCGCUACCUCGCCCCCCUACAACGGCACUGGAAUGGAACCAGGACGAUUGUCUAGUGGAUCUAGACGAGAACGAGACGGAAGUGGAUGAUCCUGAUUGGGAUGACGUUGCGAUGCUUAUUGGGUCAGAGAUUGUCCGAGGGGUUCGCACGGCGGUCUGGGAUAGGCUGAGUUAUACGUGCUCCGCAGGUAUAGCGAAGAACAAGAUGAUGGCAAAGUUGGGGAGCUCCAGCAACAAACCCAACAAACAGACCAUUGUACGCAAUCGCGCUAUCCAAAACUUUCUUGGGGGUUUCAAGUUCACCAAGAUACGGAUGCUCGGGGGUAAACUGGGCGAUCAGGUCAUAGCUCUCUUUGGGACGGAACAAGUUAGCGAUCUUUUACAAGUUACGCUGGAGCAGUUCCGGGCCAAGCUGGAUGAUGAUACUGCUAAUUGGAUCUUUGGAAUCAUUCGCGGUGAGGAUAAGAGUGAAGUGAACCCCAGAACGCAAAUCAAGUCCAUGCUCUCUGCCAAGUCUUUCAGACCGAGUAUCAACUCCUUCGAGCAGGCGGAAAGGUGGUUGCGGAUCUUUGCUGCAGAUAUCUAUGGCCGUCUCGUGGAAGAUGGUGUGCUUGAGCACCGACGCCGUCCGAAAACCCUCGCCCUGCAUCAUAGGCAAGGGGCACAAGUUCGCUCUCGUCAAAGCCCCAUACCUGGGUCAACACCGAUCGACGAGACAUUACUGUUCGAUCUCGGGAGGACAUUGCUUCGACAGGUCAUCGGUGACGGACGCGCCUGGCCUUGUGCAAACUUGUCAAUGAGUGUCGCUGGGUUCGAGGAUGGAAUUGGCAAUCAUAAAGCAAUAGAUUCUUUUCUACUCCGAGGAGACCAGGCCAGAAGUAUCGGUCACCCAGCGAAGGGCCGUCUUACAGAUGGCUUGCCGGAAAUGUUACAACCGAGCGAGAAACGGAGGAAAGUCGAAGACGAUGGUAUAAAACGUUUCUUCAACCAGUCUCCCGGGCUCAACACGAAGCCUCAGCCAAGCGAGGCUGUGUCGGAGACACCGGCGCCGAGCCUGGAAGAGAGUAACGAGAACAUGCUUCUGUCUGAAGGCCCAUGCAAUCCUGAAAUGACAGAAGUUGGAUUGGGAUUCUAUACUUGUAGACGGUGCGAAAAACGGCUGCCGGAGGCUGAAAGAGAUGAACACGAUGACUGGCAUUUUGCCAAGGAACUAGAAAGACAAGAAAGACAAGAAGCCAUAAAACCCCAGAAGACACCACGCCCGUCCAAUAACACGGGAUCUUCCAGCACCCGUGGCAGACCAGGUCGUAAUAGCCGGGGCAAGCCUGAGAAAGGGCAGACGCGUCUCGCUUUCGGAUAGUACCGUCGGACUUGAAAUAGUCACGAUAAUCAAACGACUGGGAAAAAAAGGAACGACUUUAGUCAUUCAAGCAAACCCGAUAGAGGAGAUUGUUCCUUUUGAUCUUUAUGCAUUCGGUGCACAAGGAGAAACGAAGAGCCCUCGCCUUUUUUCCCCCCUCUUGCUGAUCUCAACGGACCUCACCGUGCAAUAUUGCAUUAUAAGCUAUGUGAAUUGCAUUAAGAAAGCUGCUGCAUCGCUCAUAAGUCCCCGAGGAAAUUCGUCGUAGAUCCCUCGAUCAUGUCACACCAAUCAAGUGAACAAGAAGCCAGCCGAUUCCGAUCGAUAACGAAUGUUGGAGUUCUUGGCUAAGCCAUAACCUCAACCAUGGUUCGAGCGUCAAUCUUAACUUACGGGAGAAUAAAAGUGAAAGGGCUUAAUAUAGUUAUCGGAUUUAGGUAUUUUCGAACUUGACGAGCCAGCAGACGAUCAUAACGGGUUGGAAAUGGAGAUGUAUAGUAAUCUAAAAGAGCAAUAAGCGAAG